AUGUCAGCCCAGAAAGACAUUGCGGAAUCGGCAGAAGCUCCCGCAAACCCCACAACCUCAUCGUUUAGGAAAGAACGCAGCGACAUGGCUCAACGUAUCAAAGACGACAGGGAAAAACAAUGUCAAUCAUACGGUCCACAAGUCUUCGAAGAUGCUAGGGCUUUCGAAGCUUCCCUGGACAACGGAAGAAUCUUCACCCGCGCGUUCUUCGAAAAAGCAGCAGAGCAAGUCGAGAUAGUUCGUAAAGGCGAUCCGAACAUGCCGUUCAUGUUUGUACCACGUGUACUAGGUAGUGGACAAGUGGAGAAGCGUGUCCCACCGUAUGCCUCACCCGCGGUCAGCCUGAGUUUCAGCGGGAUCUUCAUUGGUGCCUCUGACCCGAUGCGUCCAGCGUAUCACAUCAGGACUCCCCACCACCAGGAUACCAAGUACGAAUUCAGUGAUACCAGGGCGCUGAAGCCCGAUAGCCUUCAGAGUACACAUGAGCAGGCGAGCCAGCGUUGCUCUACAUCCGAGGAGUACAACGGAAUCCCGAAAGUCCUCGAGACAAGUCUGCUACAAAGUAGGUUCUGGGCCAGUGUACGAGAGCAGCUCGACGCUCUCACCGUACCAGUCGACAACAUUGUUUGCGUAGCCCUCGGAACCAUGCACGGAACAGAGGAGGAAGGCAGAAAAGAAGAUACUCCAGCUACACAGCACGUGCUCGCCUGCGCCAUCUCGACCUACUUAUCGCAGCGGUAUGCCACGACUUCCGCGACUUCCACACCAAGCCUAAUCCCAAUAGUAGCUCGCGACCCGGCCUAUAAACGCGAAGAUAUGGUCAUGCUUUCUCAGUGCAACCCUCCCAUUACGGUGGUAUCAGAGCCAUACCAAUACCUCUCUAUCACGCCCUCUACGCUCUUACUAAGCCUCUACCAGCCCGCUUUUCUACCGGUCUUCCAGGUCGCUGCGGACAUGUGUUUUCCGAUAAGUCCCGCGGCAAUCAUCACCGCAGAGAUACUGAGCCAUCCGUGGCAUAAAGAGGGGAAGAUCAUGGCGCUCGAUACUUGGACACCGCGAGUUGGACGGAUGCUGGAGUGUAUGAAUGCGACGUGGCUGGGUCGGGAGUUUGCGGACGAUUGUUUGUCGCCGGAUGACGAGGGUAGGUUCGAAAAUGCCGGCGACCUCAUUGAUGAUUGGGGAAAGAAUUUGACGUUUUAUGCGCGGAAAGAGUAG